UCAAAGAUGGACGACAAACAAAUCACAACUUGCUGCACAAAAUUAUUUGAUUGAAAAUAUCUAUGAAAUGGCCUAAUAUUACUAUCAUGACAUUGACAGGCAAAUCUUCUGGUCGUUCUAAUAUAAUGGAGUGGAAGACGUCGUUGAAAAAAUAUGUGGAUAGGAAGAAAAAGCCGGUGGCAGAAGAGGAGCAGAAGGCAGAGGAAAUGCAGCAGUUCACAGAACUGUACCAUGACUGGAAGGGGGUGGACCACAGUCACCACACCCUCAAACUGCCAAGGCUCUAUGAUAAGUUGCCUUCUGAAGAAGAACCAUUGUUGUUGAAGUUGCGAGAAGAAUCUCGAGCAGUGUUCCUUCAGAGACGAAGUAGAGAAUUGUUAGACAAUGAUGAAUUACAGCGCCUCUGGUUCCUGCUUGACCAGUACCACACACCUCCCCUGGUCGGAGAUGACCAGAUGAUCAACUUUGAGGACUUUCAGAAAGUCGCUACUGAGGCAGGACAAAAAUGCCAGCAAUUUUUCAAAUCCAGUGUGUUCACGAAGUUGUUACAAACAGAUCCUUAUGGUAGAAUCUCCAUCAUGCAAUUUUUCAACUAUGUGAUGCGGAAAGUCUGGCUUCACCAGACCCGUAUUGGUCUGUCAUUGUAUGACGUUGCUGGCCAGGGCUACCUCAAAGAAUCUGAUUUGGAGAACUACAUUUUGGAACUUAUACCUACUUUACCCCAGUUGAAUGGUCUGGAGAAGUCGUUUUACUCGUUCUAUGUGUGUACAGCAGUGCGCAAGUUUUUCUUCUUCCUUGAUCCAAUGAGGAAAGGCAAGAUAAAGAUACAGGACAUCCUUGCCUGUAGCUUCCUAGAUGACCUGCUUGAGUUGCGUGAUGAGGACCUGUCGAAGGAGAUGCAGGAGUCUAACUGGUUCUCUGCUCCAUCAGCUCUCAGAGUGUACGGCCAGUACCUUAACCUAGACAAGGACCACAAUGGCAUGCUUUCCAAGGAGGAACUGGCAAGAUAUGGGACUGGCACUUUAACAGAUGUGUUUUUAGACAGAGUGUUCCAGGAGUGUCUCACAUACGAGGGAGAAAUGGACUACAAGACAUACUUGGACUUUGUCUUGGCCCUGGAGAACAGGAAGGAACCAGAAGCCCUGCGUUACUUGUUCAGGAUCCUCGACGUGCAACAGAGAGGCCACCUCAAUGUAUUCUCACUGAACUAUUUCUUCAGGGGGGUCAUGAAAAAAUAUGCGGCUGAAAUCCCAGCAAUCCAGGAGCAGAUGCGAACACAUGGUCAGGAGCCUGUCUCCUUCCAGGAUGUAAAGGAUGAGAUAUUUGACAUGGUGAAACCAGUAGAUCCUCUACGACUAUCUCUAGAUGAUCUAGUCACAUGUGGGAAGGGGGACACAGUUGUCAGUAUUUUGAUAGACCUGAAUGACUUCUGGACUUAUGAAAACCGUGAAUAUCUAGUCCCUGAAACCACAGAGGAGGACAUUUAGCUGACCUAUGGCUGUUUUCCUCUGUACAUAACUGACCAGUGGCCAACACUGACCUCUCUGUGAUACUUUUUGUCUCAAAUAUCCACUAUAUGGACAUACAACCAGAUUUUUCCAAAGUUCAUAUUCACUAGUGUCUUGAUUGACGUCGGAAGAGAACAAGGCGAUCAACAAUCGUAUUGAGAUCAUUGUUGCAUACAUCAGGGAUUUGAAGUCAUCCUCUGGACUCUUGGAUAGUACUGUGUAAGGCUCUGGCCCGAAGCAAAUCUUCAACCCAUGUGAGUCUGAGAUCCAGACUUAAAUCUGCGAAUUUGAAUUUUAUUGUAAAUUUGCUAUUAGCACAGCAAAUGAUAAUUUUUGCUGCAUAUGUUACAAUAAUAAUAACUUCAUUAGAUAAAUAUUUCGUAACAUUUUUAAUUUGCUAUUCUGAGUCGCAAACUUAGUCUCAAGACGUUAGUGGCAAUGACUCAGUGUUAUAGUUUAGUUUACAUCAGAGAUUUAUACGAAAUAGGCAUUGAAAACACUUAUUCAUAGACUUGCAAUAUUUUUCUGACAGAUUACCUCUGUUGAAUCAUAUGAGAGAUUCAUUUCAUGAUUUUAUAUAUAUAUUUAGUUUUGGCAUAUAUACUCCCAAGAAGUUGCUAGACCGGGCCCCAAUAUCACAAAAAUGCUUGAGUCAUUUCUCAAUGUCAAGUGAUUUAAAGUCUUACAUGUUUUUUCCUCCUGUGAGCCACUGACAUAGAAUUUGUUGAUUGUAAAUUUGGUCAGUAUUCGGAAGAAAAACUAUUACCGGUAUGCAGGAAAAAUGUAAUACAGUACAAUUUAAGAACUCAUUUCAAGUACAUUUUUUCCUUCUCUUUUUAAAACAUUGUGACAAGUUUUUUUUCAACACAUUCAAUGAGCACCUAAAUACACUUUUAAAAGGAGUAAGAACGUGUUGAGAUGGCAGUAUUUUUGUGAUAUUUGGGCCAGGGUCCAUGUUUACGAACAGUCUCAAGUCGCACUUGACGGCAAAUCUUCAUCUCAUUGUAACGCCUUCUAGCAAAGCAUUCAUGAUGAACUUGACGAAAAUCUCAAAGUGUACCAUUCUUUACAUAUAUUAUUUAAAGGAAUGGAAUAAAAUGAUUUUCGGAGUCAGUGUCUCCGACUUUAGACUGUUCAUAAACAGAGGCCCAGAGUUCUGUUUUAGAUCACUAUUAGGGUUAAUAGACUUAGAUCUCAUAUUAACAUUUGAAAUCCUAUGGUAUCUAGUUGUCUCUCAAGUUAUUUUUGUAUAAGUUGAAUUGUUCAAGAUAGUUGAGGCAAUAUCAUCGGGUUCUGAUCAACUCAACAUCAUACAUUGUGAAAUGGCAGCCUAUCAUUUUGGUAUCUUAGUUUUUAUUCUAGGUACUAGUCAGUGUAGGCCAAAGAAAUCUGUUUGAUAUGUUUAUCCUAUACAAUGUAUAGUGUAGUCUAUUAUAAUGUUUAAAGUGUAUAAAUGAGUCAAAUUGAGAGCAUUUUACCAUGGUUAUGGUUCUUUUAAUUGAAAACUGCUCUCAGUUUAUUCUUGCUUAAUUGAGAAAGUCCUUUUAGUAAUGAUUUUUUUUAAGGAUGUCAAUUUCAUGUUUAUUUUUAUUUGUUAGAAUAGAAAUUAAAUCAACAUAAGGAAUCCUAAUGAUUGUUUGUGAGGAACUUAUGUUUGGACAUAGCUGUAUCAAGAUAAACGUGGAUGACACAUCCGUCCAGUGUUAUGUUUGGACAUAGCUGUAUCAAGAUAAGCGUGGAUGAUCCAUCCGUCCAGUGUUAUGUUUGGACAUAGCUGUAUCAAGAUAAGCGUGGAUGACACAUCUGUCCAGUGUUAUGUUUGGACAUAGCUGUAUCAAGAUAAGCGUAAAUGACACAUCCGUCCAGUGUUAUGUUUGGACAUAGCAGUAUCAAGAUAAGCGUGGAUGACACAUCCGUCCAGUGUUAUGUUUGGACAUAGCUGUAUCAAGAUAAGCGUGGAUGACCCAGUGUUAUGUUUGGACAUAGCUGUAUCAAGAUAAGCGUGGAUGACACAUCUGUCCAGUGUUAUGUUUGGACAUAGCUGUAUCAAGAUAAGCGUGGAUGACCCAUCUGUCCAGUGUUAUGUUUGGACAUAGCUGUAUCAAGAUAAGCGUGGAUGACACAUCUGUCCAGUGUUAUGUUUGGACAUAGCUGUAUCAAAAUAAGCGUGGAUGACACAUCUGUCCAGUGUUAUGUUUGGACAUAGCUGUAUCAAGAUAAACGUGGAUGACACAUCUGUCCAGUGUUAUGUUUGGACAUAGCUGUAUCAAGAUAAGCGUGGAUGACACAUCUGUCCAGUGUUAUGUUUGGACAUAGCUGUAUCAAGAUAAGCGUGGAUGACACAUCUGUCCAGUGUUAUGUUUGGACAUAGCUGUAUCAAGAUAAGCGUGGAUGACCCAUCUGUCCAGUGUUAUGUUUGGACAUAGCUGUAUCAAGAUAAGCGUGGAUGACACAUCUGUCCAGUGUUAUGUUUGGACAUAGCUGUAUCAAGAUAAACAUUGAUGACCCAUCCUUCCAGUGUUAUGUUUGGACAUAGCUGUAUCAAGAUAAGUGUGGAUGACACAUCUGUCCAGUGUUAUGUUUGGACAUAGCUGUAUCAAGAUAAGUGUGGAUGACACAUCCGUCCAGUGUUAUGUUUGGACAUAGCUGUAUCAAGAUAAGCGUGGAUGACACAUCUGUCCAGUGUUAUGUUUGGACAUAGCUGUAUCAAGAUAAGCGUGGAUGACACAUCUGUCCAGUGUUAUGUUUGGACAUAGCUGUAUCAAGAUAAGCGAAACGUGGAUGACACAUCUGUCCAGUGUUAUGUUUGGACAUAGCUGUAUCAAGAUAAACGUGGAUGACACAUCUGUCCAGUGUUAUGUUUGGACAUAGCUGUAUCAAGAUAAACGUGGAUGACACAUCUGUCCAGUGUUAUGUUUGGACAUAGCUGUAUCAAGAUAAACGUGGAUGACACAUCUGUCCAGUGUUAUGUUUGGACAUAUAGCUGUAUCAAGAUAAGCGUGGAUGACACAUUCGUCCAGUGUUAUGUUUGGACAUAGCUGUAUCAAGAUAAGCGUGGAUGACCCAUCCGUCCAGUGUUAUGUUUGGACAUAUCUGUAUCAAGAUAAACGUGGAUGACACAUCUGUCCAGUGUUAUGUUUGGACAUAGCUGUAUCAAGAUAAACGUGGAUGACACAUCUGUCCAGUGUUAUGUUUGGACAUAGCUGUAUCAAGAUAAGCGUGGAUGACCCAUCCGUCCAGUGUUAUGUUUGGACAUAGCUGUAUCAAGAUAAGCGUGGAUGACACAUCUGUCCAGUGUUAUGUUUGGACAUAGCUGUAUCAAGAUAAACAUGGAUGACCCAUCCGUCCAGUGUUAUGCCCAUCUCCAUGAAUAUCCAUUUUGCAUUUAUUUUUGUGUGCCCAUUUAAUUGUGGUUCAUUGUUUAUGUGACCUAUUGAACACAUUUAGUACUGGUAUUAUUAUUGAUAACUAUGUAAAGUACAGUAGAACAUUUAGUAAUAAAUCUAGUUUAAACAUAUUUUUAACAGAUAAGAUAAGGGAACAAUGUUGUCCACAUUAAAUAUUAUCAUCAGAAAUUCAGAAUACAACCCGUUCUAUCAACACAUUGGAACAGUUUAUAUUCCCUGUGCUAAACCAAUACAUUAGUGUGAGUUUUGUGAAAGUCUGAUUUAGAGACACAUGUUGCUGUAUAUGUCUUUUUACAUGUGGAAAGGAGCUUGUUUGGUUUGUACAUGUAUAUUUCGGACCAGCCUGUUCCACUAACACUGCCUUUUAUGUUGUUUUUCUGAUGAACAGUCUUGGUCAUUUGUAUUGUGUCCCCAACUCACAGCAUUUAUUUUGUGAAUAAAGUAAUUUUAACAAUUGUA